AUGGCUUGUGUUGUCGGGUCGGCACCUCUAGCAGAUGUUGGGCAGAGAUGGGAGAUUCGAGGGCGCCCCUUCAAGAUGCUGGCGACGACUGAUGUUGCAGGCCUUGCAGUGGAUGAUUGGAACUUGUAUCGCCAUUUGGAAGCCAAAGUGGAGGCGCAGGCCAUGGCAACGGCUCCAGUUGGGCUGCCAGCCGCUGUGGCUGUUGCUGUUAGUGAUGGCUGGGCGCGGUAA